AUGCAGGGCUCUUUUUCAAAGAAGGAAGCUUUAGCUGACAUCUUUGAUUAAGUAAAAGAUGUAGAUAUAUAAAUCUUUGGGGUUAUAUUAGAAAUAUUUCGAAAAGAAAAAGUUUAAGAUUGUAUUGGAUAUCUAUCAGACACAAUGAAUCAGAGACAUUUAGAAUCAUAAAUUUUACAACAGGUUGAGAAUUUAAAACAACGUUAUAAGGAAUAAAAAUUGCCUGUUGUUAGAAAUGAUAUCAAAUAAAUCAUAGAUGUCUUAAAAAAAUUAAAAGAUCAUGACUUCAACAAAAAAGAUUUUUCCUCUGAAGAAAAUGAAGAAUUAGCACUAACUCUUAUUAAUAACAUCAAGGAUAAUAGAAGGAUCAUUGAAUUUCUGUAAUUUUUAGUUCGCCUCACAUCCAUUGAUGAAAAGUUGGUAUAAUGUGGGUCAAAUUCAUUAUAUUUAUUAGUUAAGAUGAAGGUGGACAAUCGAAACUAAAAUUUUGAAAACAUUAGAAUUAAAAAUACUUCCUUAGUGGGAGCCAAUUUUGUUAACUGCAACUUAAGUGGAUCAGAAUUUUAGAAUGUAGACAUAAGUGGUAUGAAUUUGAAUGGAGCAGAGUUAUUUAAUUGUAAAUGGAAAAAUUUGAAAAUACAUGAAUUGAAUAAACUAGACGGCCAUACUUGGUCAGUUCUCUCGGUAUGUUUCUCUCCUGAUGGAACUAUGUUAGCUUCUGGAAGUCGGGAUUAGCCUAUUUGCUUAUGGGAUUUUAGGACAGGAUAAUAAAAGGCUUAGAUGUAUGGUCAUAGUAAGUAUGUCUACUCGGUCUGCUUCUCUUCAGAUGGGGCUACAUUAGCAUCUGGUAGUGCAGAUAAGUCUAUUUGUAUAUGGGAUGUUAAGACAAGUCAAUUAAAAGCUAAAUUGUUAGGCCAUGCCUGGGCAGUCUACUCGGUCUGCUUUUCUUCUGAUGGAACUACAUUAGCAUCUGGUAGUUAUGAUAGCUCUAUUCAUCUAUGGGAUGUAAAAACAAGAAAAAAAAUAGCCAAAUUGCAAAAUAUAGGUUAUCAAAUUAAAUCAGUAUGCUUCUCUCCUGAUGGAACUAUUUUAGCAUUUUGUAGUCAUAAUGGAGAUAUCCGUUUAUGGAAUGUUAAGACAGGAUAGUAAAAGGCAAAGUUGGGUUAUUUUAGUACUUCAAAUAUCAAUUCAGUUUGCUUCUCUCCAGAUGGAAAUACAUUAGCAUCUGGUAGUCAGGAUGGCUCGAUCAGCUUAUGGAAUGUUAAGACUAGUAAUGAAUGGGCCAUAUUUUAUGGUCACCAUAAUGAGGUCUACUCAGUAUGCUUCUCUCAUGAUGGAACUCUAUUAGCAUCUGGCAGUAAGGAUAAAUCUAUCCUUUUAUGGGAUGUCAAGACAGGUGAAUAAAAGGGCAAAUUUGUUGGUCAUGCUUGGUCAGUCUACUCAGUAUGCUUUUCUCCUGAUGGAUAUACAUUAGCAUCUGGUGGACAUAAUUCUAUCCGUAUAUGGGAUCUGAAGACAGGAUAAAAAUAGAAUGAAGUAGAUGGUCACAGUCUAUUUGUCUCGUCAGUUUGCUUCUCUUCUGAUGGAGCAACAUUAGCAUCUGGUAGUUAUGAUAACUCUAUACGUUUAUGGGAUGUAAAGACAGGAAAAUAAAAAGCCAAGUUAGAUGGUCAUGUCAAUGGAGUACGUUCAGUUAAAUUUUCUCCUGAUAGUAAUAUAUUAGCAUCUGGGAGUUUGGAUAACUCUAUCAGGUUAUGGGAUGUUAAGACAAGAAAAGAAAAGGCUCAAUUGCACGGACAUUCAAGUGGAAUCUUAUCAGUUUGUUUUUCUCCUGAUGGUACUACAUUAGCAUCUGGAAGUUUAGAUUGCUCUAUCCGUAUGUGGAAUGUUAAGACAGGAUAAUAAAAGUGUAAAUUAAAUGGUUAUUAUGGAUGUGCUUAUUCAAUAAGUUUUUCUCCUGAUGGUAAGAAAUUAGCAAGUGGCAAUAGUGAUAGGUUAACCUUUAUAUGGGAUGUACGGACAGGACAAUAAUUGGCCUAAUUAAACGGUCAUGAUGAUUGGGUAUCAUCAGUAUGCUUCUCUCCUGAUGGAAAUACUGUAGCAUCAGGGGGUAGGUGUGCUGUCUUGUUGUGGGAUAUUAAAACAGGAUAAUAACAAGCCUAUUUUUCUCAUAGAAGAUACGUCUUAUCAGUUUGCUUUUCUCCUAAUGGUAAUACAUUAGCAAUUGGUGCUUAGGAUAAUUAUAUCCAUUUAUUGGAUAGUCGAACAGGUAAAAAAAAAGCCAAAUUAUAUGGUCAUUCGAAUUUUGUAAAUUCAGUUUGCUUCUCUCCUGAUGGUGCAACAUUAGCAUCCGGUAGUGAUGAUAACUCUAUUCGUUUAUGGGAUCUUUAAAUAAAACCAUAAAAAGUAAAAUUGUAUGGUCACUCUAAUUAUGUCCAAUCGUUGUGCUACUCCCCUGAUGGUACUGCAUUAGCAUCUUGUGGAUGGGACAAGUCUAUCAGAUUAUGGUAAGUCAAGACAAAAUAAUAAACAGCCAAAUUGGAUGGUCACAGUAAUACUGUCUCUUCACUCUGUUUCUCCCCCGAUGGUACAACAUUAGCAUCUGGUAGUUAUGAUAACUCUAUACGUUUAUGGGAUGUAAAGACAGGAAAAUAAAAAGCCAAGUUAGAUGGUCAUGUCAAUGGAGUACGUUCAGUUAAAUUUUCUCCUGAUAGUAAUAUAUUAGCAUCUGGGAGUUUGGAUAACUCUAUCAGGUUAUGGGAUGUUAAGACAAGAAAAGAAAAGGCUCAAUUACACGGACAUUCAAGUGGAAUCUUAUCAGUUUGUUUUUCUCCUGAUGGUACUACAUUAGCAUCUGGAAGUUAAGAUUGCUCCAUCCGUUUGUGGAAUGUUAAGACAGGAUAAUUAAAGUGUAAAUUAGAUGGUUAUUAUGGAUGUGUUUAUUCAGUAAUUUUUUCUCCUGAUGGUAAGAAAUUAGCAUGUGGCAAUGGUGAUAGGUUAACCUAUAUAUGGGAUGUACGGACAGGAUAAUAAUUGGCCUAAUUAAAAGGUCAUGAUGAUUGGGUAUCAUCAGUAUGCUUCUCUCCUGAUGGAAAUACUGUAGCAUCAGGGGGUAGGGGUGAUGUCUUGUUGUGGGAUAUUAAAACAGGAUAAUAACGAGCCCAUUUUGAUCAUACUAGAUAUGUCUUAUCAGUAUGCUUUUCUCCUGAUGGUAAUACAUUAGCAAUUGGUGCUUAGGAUAACUAUAUCCAUUUAUUGGAUAGUCGAACAGGUAAAAAAAAAGCCAAAUUAUAUGGUCAUUCGAAUUUUGUAAAUUCAGUUUGCUUCUCUCCUGAUGGUGCAACAUUAGCAUCCGGUAGUGAUGAUAACUCUAUUCGUUUAUGGGAUCUUUAAAUAAAACCAUAAAAAGUAAAAUUGUAUGGUCACUCUAAUUAUGUCCAAUCGUUGUGCUACUCCCCUGAUGGUACUGCAUUAGCAUCUUGUGGAUGGGACAAGUCUAUCAGAUUAUGGUAAGUCAAGACAAAAUAAUAAACAGCCAAAUUGGAUGGUCACAGUAAUACUGUCUCUUCACUCUGUUUCUCCCCCGAUGGUACAACAUUAGCAUCUGGUAGUUAUGAUAACUCUAUACGUUUAUGGGAUGUAAAGACAGGAAAAUAAAAGUUGAAAUUUUAAAGUCACUAAAAUUUAGUUAGUACAGUAGGGAUCUCUUUUGACGGCAGUAUUUUAGUAUCAGGAGGUUUUGAUAAUUCUAUCCGCUGCUGGGAUAUGAAGACAGGUUAAUAAUUAGCCAAACUCUAUGGUCAUACUAGUAAUGUAAUGUCAAUAUGCUUCUCUCCAGAUUCUAUAUUAUUAGCAUCUGGAAGUAAAGAUAAGUCUAUCCGUCUAUGGGAUAUUAAAAGUAGAUAAUAAAAAAUCAAAUUAGAUGGUCAUUUGAAUUUUGUGAAUUCAGUUUGCUUCUCUCCUGAUGGUACUACAUUAGCAUCUGCGAGUAGUGAUAAGUCUAUCAUUUUAUGGAAUGUUGAGACAGGGUAAUAAAAGGCCCAGUUGGAUGGUCAUACGAGCGGAAUCCUAUCUGUCUGUUUCUCUCAUAAUGGUACUACUUUAGCAUCUGGUGGUGAGGAUGGCUCAAUCCGUUUAUGGGAUGUUAAGACAGGAAAAUAACAAGCCCAACUAGAUGGCCAAAAUAAUUGGGUUCUAUCAAUAUGCUUUUCUCCAGAUGGAACUACAUUAGCAUCUGGCAGUAGUGAUAAUUCUAUCAGCUUAUGGGAUGUUAAGGACAUUCUCAAUUAGUAUUAAUCCCCGCUAUUAUAAAACCGAUCAUUCGAUUUUUAAGAGGAUUGUGGUAGUAUUUAGUCAAAUUUAGUUAAUUCUUAGAUAACUAUACUACUUAUAUCACAAUAGCCACUUCUUCAAAUGUAAGGAACAAAAAUACAUAAUGGAGAAUUUGUAAAUUAUUAAGGGCUAGAUUUACUUUAGUUAUUUUAAUCUAAAGGAUGUUGCAUUUUGCAAAGCUAACCAGAAUUACAACAGAAAUGA